UAAGGGAGAUAAAUAUGCUUAAAAACAACAUGGUGGUCAGUAAAGUCUGUAAAUCCAGCCAGUAAAUCUUUCUUCAAGUUGACACUAAUAUAGUGAGCUAUACUCAAUAAUAAAGACAAGGGUGACUAAAGAGUAAAGUUGACUAGACUCUAGCCACCAUUAAGGAGAUCUUCUGUGUUCACAUAACGGAGAUGGAGCUCCUUAAAGCUUUCAAAAAGAAAAAGAACUCAGAAGAUACAAAUUAUAAAGUAGAGAAUAGACAUGCACUAGUUUCUACAUAUGACCAAAAGGAUGGCACUGUAAUAAUUGAAAUAGAAGCUCCAGGAUUGCUGGAAGGCAAAAGUAAACAGUCUCCUAAGAAUGGAAAAGUUUAUGUUGAUAUCCUUCAUAGAGGACAAGGUUUGUCAGCGAAGGUGUCAGUCAAAGAUGUGUCCAGGAGAGUUAAGACAAACUAUUUUAAGAAUGUUAAAAAAUUACCAUCACCAGUGGAGAAUUUUGAGCUAGACAAGUCAGAUUGGCAUGUAAAGAAGAAUAAAGUUGUCCUCAAACUUUUAAAGAAAUCACCACACGAAUCAUGGCUGCAGAAAUUACAAAUGAGAGGACUGGAACAAGACACUAGCAGUAGUAGCAGCAGUGAUUCAGAUUGACAUUACUGUUGAUUGAUAAUACUUUUAAUCUCAAAGUAUUUCAUAAUUCAGUAAGACAUGACUUGCACUGAGCUACCAAAAGGAGGUAAAAAAUAUUUCUCAUCUGUGCUGCAAUAUGGGGGGGCUGGGGGCGUGUUCAUCCAUUUAAGACUAUCAUAGGCAAUCCUGCAAGAUGCUUUGUCCAAAUCUAGUGCUUUGAAAAUAAGGUAAUCAUGCUGAGUAAACUAUCCAUGAAACUUCUAAGUCUUUUGUUUGUAUCUCAAAAAAUGCUGAUUGAAAUUUCCCAAGUUAUAGAUGUCCAAUUAACAACAUUCACAUUGCUUCAUAAACAUGAUGCUAUCAUAAAAGCUUAAAAGUCAUAUGUUGUUAUGGUUUAUCAAAAGCUACAUAUUUAAAAAGUCUAUUGUAUUACACAUACCUUAUCAUACAACAGCCUUGACAAAAUCCUUAGUGUUCACUUUAGUUUGAACUUGUACAGUUUGUGUUUUUUAUUUGCCACUUGAAUGAUAAUGCACUGAGAAUAUUUUUUUUAAAGUUUUUUUUUUGUUACAUUUGUAUCCAUGUAUCCAACUGUUUAAAACACCUUUCACUCCAGCCACUUGGGUUUGUUCUUUCGUUAACAUUUUUGAAAAAAUAUAUUUAACUCUCAAGGCAGCAGUUUUGUUUCUACCAAAAUAAAUGCAUCAGUUGUUUCACUAUGCAAACUAUUUUCAUUAUGUAACUUGUUUGUUAUUUGAUCUAUAUGCUAUGUACUUGUUAUCUCUAGUACUAUUUUUAUUUGUUCUGAUUUGUCUAAAAUCAAAAUCAAAAUUUUUCAUUGAAAAAAACCUGAGUUGUAAUCCUGGGAUUUGAUAAGAUCUAUUAGGUCACUCUUGAAAGUCAGUUGGUCUGGCGUUUCCAUUUCUGGUCAAAUAAUGAUUUUUAAUUCAGAUCCCAAAACACCUUAAAUGGUACAUCUACUAAACUUAACUUUCUUAGGUACCUGAUAUUGUCUGUAAACUUGAAGCCUUACAGUUAUUCUGAUAAACAUUCUCUAUGGUUAUGCCAUUUAUCUCUGAGAUCCUACUGCUGAUAAGAGUUACGUCCAUGAGCAUUAGGGUUUAUUAAAAGAAAUGUCUUUAAAUCAAAUAAGAACAUAAUACUAAAAUGUUUAUUUUAUUUUGGUUAGGCCAAUAUUAGAAUAUGCAUCCUCUGUUUGGGACCCCUCAACUCAAGAAACAGACACAAAAUAGAGCAGUGAGAUUCAUAACAAACGAAUGUCACAUUUGACUAAGAGUAACAUCUUAAGUAAAAUCAUUUAAUUUAGAAAGCCUUCAGGACAGAAGAAUCAAAAGUAAAGUAGCAAUUAUACAUAAAACACUGAACCAUAAUCUUCAAAUACAAAAUUUAAUAAAAUACUCAGAAAGACAAAGUAAAAGGCACAUUCCUCAUUCCAUAUGCUAGGACAAAUUUGUACCAAUGCUCCUUCUUCCCUAGUGCUAUUAGAGUAUGGAAUGGGUUGCCUGAGCUAGCCAGGAAAACCAGUGACUUGGAAGAAUUUAGGUCAUUGGUUAAUAUGCAGGACGUAAUCAUCUUUUUUUUUUUUUUUUUGAAGUAAUGUCUGUAUAAUAUAAGAUAACAUAUUUUUAAAAUUUAAUAUAAUAUUUGUGUCUUAUCAAAGUUUGAUUUUUUUUUUUUAAAUUACAAACUAAUAAAUAUGAUGAUGGUCAAGUA